AUGUCGCAACCUCUCCCGGCAAAGGACCAGGCGGUGUUUCGAUCCAUCGUAAAGUUUUAUGAGACCAAGCAGUACAAAAAAGGCUUAAAGGCAGCUGAUUCCAUUUUGAAAAAGCAUCCGGACCAUGGGGAGACCUUGUGCAUGAAGGGUCUCACCGUGAGCUACUUAGACCGGAAAGAGGAAGCUUAUGAGCUCGUGCGCAAGGGCUUGAAAUGCGACUUGAAGAGUCACGUAUGCUGGCAUGUAUAUGGGUUGCUGUACCGACAGGAUCGAGAUUACUUCGAGGCUGUGAAGUGCUACCGACAGGCCUUGCGGAUCGAUCAGGAAAACCUCCAGAUACUGAGAGAUCUGUCCUUGCUCCAGAUCCACCGGCGCGACGUUCACGGCUUUGCUGAGACCCGCCGCAAGUUGCUGCAGGUCAAAUCGUCCGCCAGAUUGAACUGGGUCGGGUAUGCCAUUGCGGAGCACUUGUGCGAAAACUACGAACUCGCCUGGAAAUGCAUCGACAAUUACGAAAACUCGUUCAAGGAGCAGGAUACCACUGCUGCCUCCGACUACGAGAACUCGGAGCUGCAUUUGUACAAGGCAUCCAUCAUGGAGGAAGCUGGGUUGUUCAAGGAGUCGUUGAACUGCUUGAAAGAGAACGAGGGCAAGAUUGUCGACAAGAUCGGCCUGAUGGAAAUGCAGGGGAGGCUUUGCAUGUUCCUAUCCUUGCAUGAAGAAGCAGCCGGAUACUUCAAGAGGCUGGUCGACAUCAACACUGAGCAUCAUGUCUAUGCUUUAGCAUACAUGGCUUCCCAGCCACAGUUCAGCUCCUUCUGGCCUCCGCUGCCAGCCCCGACGACGCCCGACGAGCAUGGCGACCUUUGCAACGGGACUGCUGCGUCGAAAGCACCGUUGCCAAAAAGUAUUCUGUCCUUCCCGUCAACGCUGCAUCCAGAAGGUAUGCCUGUGUUUGGCUGGCUGCCACCAAAGCAUGCGCUCAAACCGCAGCGCAGAUUGAUAAUCGGUCGGAAGCAGCAUAAGCGACGGGUCGACACACUCGAACCGGCCGAACCCCUGACCGAGCAGCAGGAGGACGAGGUGAUCCAGUUCUUUGAGGGCUUGAAAGAUGCGUAUCCGAAGUCGGACUCAAUGAAAAGGCUGCCCCUCUUCUUCCUGACGGGACAGAGGUUCAAGCGCAAGCUAGAUGAGUACCUGCGAAGCAGGCUCCGAAAAGGUGUCCCAUCACUCUUCCGCACCAUGCGCUCGUAUUAUUUCACGCCCGGAAAGCCAGAUCUGAUCGAAGAGCUGCUGCUGCAGUAUGUCCGCUGCUUGAAAGAUGAGAAAGUGUCAUGGUUCGGACCGCUUACCGGCGAGCAGGCAGAGCCGCCCAAGGUGAGCGAUGAAGAGCCACCGUCAGCACUGCUUUUCACCCUCAUGACGGUCGCCGAACAUUUCGACUUCAUGGGCGAGACCCACAAGGCUCUGGAGUAUGUGAACGAAGCGAUCGAACACACCCCGACUUUGGUGGAGGUUUACGCAUGCAAGGCCCGAAUCUACAAGCAUGCAGGCGACCUGGUAAAUUCGGCGCAGUGCUAUGAGGAGGUACGACAAAUGGAUUUGGCUGACCGUUACUUGAACACUCAAUGCGUCAGGGCUCUUCUUCGCGUCGACGAUACCCAAGGCGGCAUGGAGAAGGCAUUGCUCUUCUCGAAAGAGCCUGACUCACAGGAGGCAGCAAAUCUACAUGACAUGCAAUGCAUGUGGUACGAGUCUGCUGUCGGUCGCAGCUACAAGCGGCAAAAGAAGUAUGGAAAGGCAUUGAAGCAGUUCCACGAGACCUUCAAGCACUUCCAUGACAUUGCUGAGGAUCAGUUCGAUUUUCACAACUAUUGCUUGCGGAAAACUACGCUUAAGGCGUAUGUCGCAAUGCUGCGAAUGCAAGAGCGGUUGUAUUCGCACAGAUUCUAUCGUCGUGCUGCGAAGGACGCCAUCAACAUCUACCUCGAGCUAUUCGAUGCUAAAGCUCGGGGCGACGAAAUUCUGACCACCGAAGGUGCCUCUGCGAGUGCAGAGGCGGAGUUGAGCGCUGAGGAGAAGAAGAAGCUGAAGCACAAGAAGAAGCGAGAGGCGCAGAAGGAGGCACAGAAGGUCAGCGAGAAGCCGUCGACAGGUAAGCCGAAGAAGGUAGACGAAGACCCGGACGGAGAGAAGCUCUUGCAGCAAGAUGCCAUGGAACAGGCCAACAAGAUUGUUCGCAACUUGGUGCAGCACAGUUCUCUGGAUGCUGCGACCCAUGUGCUGACCUAUGAAGUGUUCAGCCGGCAAGGCAAAGUCAUCCACUGCUUGCAGGCCGUGCUGAUAUUCAGAUACUAG